AUUACCAACAACCUGUUUAGCGGAACCUUCUGCAAAGUGACCACUUAAAUAUGUGAGAUCUUACGAUCUUCAGUUCACGCUAUACUCGAAUAUGGUAAGGUGGAUGACAAAUCCACCGGAACACAAACUCGCCUUCCCAUUUGCAAGACGAGAUUAGCGGAAAAUUUGCUCAGUUAUUUGAUAGUUGAUCUGUCAAUAUGUAUGGAAUUUCAGAGAUUAUCGAUUGGCCAUCAGAAAGGAGAAAAUUUCCGAAAGAUCAUCAGUCAUGGAGACGAAUACUGAGCCAAAGGUGAUUGCUGCACCAACUUCAUACAUAAUUGAAGAACUGGGCUCUUAUGUGGAUGCAAGAGAACCGGAACUGGAUGUGAGUGUGCUUUCCAUGGAACAAGAUGCUCCAGCGUGAAGAUUAAUCAAAUUGGAAGUCUGGGUCUGAUACGGAUUCUGCUCUUGGCGGAAUGAGUUUGAGGUAAGGAUAACAGAUACUGGAUCUUUAAAAUGUAUUUAACGGCACAUAAAGGAGUUCCAAUUUCACCAUCGAGUCGGAGUUAUACAGACAUAUCGAAGAGAAUGGAAGAACUUAUCAUCGCUAUAAGCAUGGUCGUAAGUGGUUGCUUAAAAUAUACAUUCCUAUAGGCGGGAACUGACCAUUCAUCCAUCCAACAGAAUAUCCGCUACCAAAUGAUGCAGUACGUCUGGUGAUGUAACGUGGGAAUAGCACUAGCUGAUAAAACGUCCUAAAUUCAGCUAGAACAAGAUAGGCUUGGUACUUACUCUUGUAUCGUCCGUGUUGAAAAUUGGCCAAUUCUGAUAAUCAUCUAGAAUUUCAACAUAGGUUACUGCGUAUGACCAUCGACGGAAAGUUAUUUGUGUCACCAGUAGACACGGAUCGUCCAAUAAAUGUGCUAGAUAUUGCCACUGGUACCGGAAUUUGGGCGGUUGAAUUUGGUAAUUUCUCAGAUUUGGAAAUGAUUCAUUUUUAACAAUAUGUAGCCGAUGAAUAUCCUCAAUCAACGGUAAUUGGUACUGAUCUUAGCCCCAUCCAGCCGCAAUAGUAGGUUUUCAGAGGUCAAUCUCUAAAUCCUCCGAAGAUCACUGACAUGGAACUAGUGUCCCCACAAACUGCUCGUUCCGGAUCGAAGACGCUGAAGAUCCUUGGACUUUUGACGAUCUUGAAUUCGAUCUGAUCCAUGGACGCGUCUUGUUAUCCUGCUUUCGCUCUCCGAAGACUGUUUUCGCAUCCGCGUUCCAGGCUCUCAAACCAGGCGGAUACCUUGAGCUUCGAGAUCCAAUCUUUCCCUUUAGAUAUGCGUCCCCGCCUCCUGAAGACUGCGCGUUGGUAAAAUGGAAUAGCAUGAUAGUAGAAGCUAGCACGAAGGCGGGAAGGCCAUGGACAAAUGGAGCAUAUUACAAGCAGUGGAUGGAAGAAAUCGGCUUUGUUGACAUUGUGGAGAGAAGGGAGUUUGCGCCCAUGAGCCCGUGGGCAAAAGGCCAGAGAAAUAAAGUCUUGAGCGUGUGGGUACAGAAAAAUGUGUUGAUGGGUCUGGAAGCAAUGAGUAUGGCCUUAUUCACAAGGGUUUUGGGAAUGGAAAAAGAGCAGGUGAAAGAGUUGUUGGAAGGAGUGAAAGCAGACAUCGAAAACAGAAAGAUACAUUGUUACUCAGAAGGGUUAGUAAGAGCUUCUUGCAAUGCCCAAUUCCCUUGUGUUGAAUGAAACGAUUAGCUAACGCACGUCGUAUUCAGAGUCCUAGUAUACGGUAGAAAGCCGGAGGAGAAUUCCUAGGACUGACUACUGAAUUUGAGAAUUUUCGAUAUGAUAUAGUUUUUGGAGAAUCUUUAAAAGGUCACUCAUACGUUUAGUUAGCAGGGACAAGAUAGAUCGGUAAUUGCUCAGUCUAUCAAUGAAAGCUUGGAUAUCCACUGCAGCA